CAUUAUCGGUCUGCUGUUUCAGGGGAAGAACAUAUAUGUUGAAGAUCUGUAUGUGUGUCCUACUUGGUUGCAACAGAAGAACAGGUCUACGGCUCAUCUAAAUGCCAACGCUCAUGGCAAAGACACCAUCAUCUUCCCCCUAUGGGUACCGGGGCAUUUUCAACUGUGUGUAAGUACUGACCAUUUUACAUUUCAUACUCUUAAAGAGUGAAUUGAGCCAGUAGACAAAUACCAAAGACGUGCUUGUAAGGUUAAAAGAAACUGCAAAUGCCUUGGUGUAUGGCUUUUCACUGAAAGCAAAAGCUGUCUUCCAUAGGUUAUGAACGUAGCACGCAAAGAAAUGUACUUACUCGACCCAUUGCUGUCGGCGUCCAAGUCAGGAUUUGGAGGAUACCUGCCAGUCCUAAGGAGUGUAAGCCAGACCAUUUAUCAAGGCCAGUGGACGGAAAAGACGGGCAGGGACUUGAAGGGCUUUCCAAAGCAGCCCUUCGGAAACGACUGUGGCAUUUUCAUGCUGAUGUCUGCCCUCUACUUGGUCUUGGAUGGUCAAUUUGAUUAUUCCGUGCACGAUAUGCCAGUGUUGCGCAGAUGGUGGUGCCUGUUGCUCCUCGAGAACCAUGGCCUAGACAGUCACGGUAAAGUAUUUGCGCACUGGACAAGAGAAUGCCAAGCACUCCUCACUGGAAAACACUCACCCAUCUUCAGGUUGAAGAGGAAAAGGGAUGAAAUUAUAUCGAAGGAAACCCGCUCGGUAAAGGAGAGGGAGCAGUUCAACAGGGCCAGGAAGAUUGUGGAGAGGAUCACUGCAGACCAACUGCGAUCUUUGGUGAAAAACUACUACCAGCGCUGCACCAUCCUCCCUGGAAAGUCUUUCCCCCACCCGUGCAGUCAGGCACGAGUCAGGAGUAUCCAAGAGACCCAGGAGUAUCCAAUCCACCAGCUCUUCAUCCUCUGUGGGCCACACAGGCCAGGAAAAUCUCUCAACGAGUGAGUUUGAUGUAGCCCCAGAUGCAAAUCUGGCCACGAAUCUCACAGCAUUGGCAGAUAUCAGCCAGGAUCUCAUUGCCAUCCCUGCUGAAGAACUGUUUACAUCCCAGCAAACACAAGAGGUUAAUAUCAAUGUAGUAACCAACUAACUGUGCAUUGUCCCUGCGCAGUCUGC